AUGGCCGAGGAUCAGAGCCAGUACGAAGCUGCGUUUACAGCUAUUCGCAAGUUGGGCUUGGAACAUCCAGAUGGGGCGUUGCUUGAGAGCUUUGUUGAGGAGUCUGCCGACCAUGAUCGGGCUGCAGCAUAUCUUCUCACCGCCCACUCCAACACGCCUGAUCUGAGAGCAUUUCUAGCCCAGUGGAAAAGCGUUAUUUCCAUGUGCACACCGGGGUCGUUCUGGGAUCCCCUGGUAGUCGCGGCUCUUCUCCCGAGGAUUGAACCUGCGAGUCUUGCAAUGGAGCCUUAUCGCAAAAUUCUUGAGGCUUUCCUCGGCCCCAAGCUGAGAGACCGACUACUCUCCGAGUCUGCCGAUGGAGAAUCGUUCGAUCGCGUUGAGAACCACUGGCUCGUCCGCAAGUCCGCUGCUACUGCCUUUUCUCAAGGGUAUAUGCAGCUCUCUUUCGGAAAAAAAAACUCCACGUAUUAUCAAGUGUGGAAAAGCUGCACUGGCGGGCCUCACUUUCCUUCCAUUUUGGACGAGUUCGAUGAUUCCAGAUCGGCAACUCUCCGGGAUCAUUCGUCUACUGGUAUCAAAAUCCCGAACCGUUCUGCGUUAAAGAUCCUAUCCCACUUCGCCACCCCGAUCCGAUGGAUGUAUAUCUCGGAAGACAUUACGUCAAAACGACUAAAUCCACGCUGCACCUCGCUCUUCUCCCCAUUAUCCUCAACGCUAGGCGUCCUCUCUGAGAUAUCCGCCACCAUUUUUGAGACAGUCUGGUUUCAAAAGGAAGGAACACGAGAGGCUCAAUCCUACAGUUCGGACUCAGGACGCACUGAAGGAACGUCCAUCACGCAUUCCCCGCUCGCCAAGAUCCUCGCGAGCUGCUGGCAACCGCCGCAAAACCAAACAUCAAAUCCACUUUCCAAAGAGGUAACAAUGCCUCAGACAACAUCGUCACCAGAGGAACUGGACCCGGGCUCGUCAACGCCAGGGAACAGCCAAACCGGAGGGAACCCGCUUACACCGCCAAUCCCCCAGCACAUCCUGUCCUUCGUGGAUCACUCCACAUGGGGAGACCUCGCGGCCAUCGACGAGAUCGAGGAGCCCACGCCCAAGCAGAUGAACUCCCACAUCUAUUUCCUCAUGGAAAUUUUCUGGGCUUCUACGAGCUACGCAGGACGAAAGCUCUGGGGCGCAUUCAAGGACGAAUUCGACGAAUGGACCGCCCAACGAUGGGACAUGGUUCCCGACCGUACCCGAAAGCACCUCCGCGCCUUCCUGAGCACCAACGGCGUGUAUGUCGACAAUACCAACACCCCCCUACCAGCAAAGUUCGAAGCCAUCGCCAAGAGAACGACUUUCCGCACCUGGUCCAUCGAAGAGAUCAACACUGCGAGGGUCCACACCCCAGCAACCGCCUCACCGGUCCUAGCGACCAUCCCGACACAACCACAGGCCUCUCAGCAAAUCCCACAAGCAAUCCCGGCGCCACGACAACAAAACCCCAUUCCCCAGACGGCACCGAAACGGGAAGCAGAUUGGGAAACAACCUCGGAAACUAGACAAGACCCCCAGACCUGGCCCCGCCCGUCCGAGGAACCGUACUACGCACCGCGAGGAAAUGCUAAACACCUCGCAGAUUUAGCCAAGUUGUACAGCGACGACAUGAAGUACGGCGGCGGAGACUACGACAUUCUCGACACAAAAAUGGCGAUUUUCCGAGAUUUGUGUAAUCGAAUCCAAAUUCCAAGAUGGCAAGCCAGUGAUGCUUUUCCGAUCAUGCUCAAGGACCGAGCCUUACGAUACUAUUACGACUGGCUUUGCAGCGGCCCCCGGGACUUCGAUACCAUGGUAGCCAAGAUCAGAGGAUACUUCGAGAACGAAGAGCAGCGGCACCGGUAUCUGGCAGCAUGGCGCGACGCUAGAUUAAUCAACAUGCAGGCCGAGCACCCCGACAAGUCCAAAUCCGAGUGCCUGGAACUUCUGAUCAACAGGCUUGCCCUGAUUCAACGCGCAGUACCGGCAAUUGGCCAGACAGAGGAUACACUGCGCAUGCAACUCUUGAACGCAUGCCGUGGUGUUGCCGAGGCCAGGAUGGCCCUCUUCAACCCGGCGCCAACCUUCGAAGGCGUCCGCAACCAGCUGCAAGCGGCGAUUGGAAUCACCACCGAAAAUCCCGGACCUCAACAGUUCAACACCGACGCCACUGACUCGGAGACGUUCUGGACGGACAGGACGUACAGAGGAUCCGGCAGAGAAUCUAGAUUUGGUCGCAACCAAGGAGGACCACGCCGAGGAGGAUUCAGCAACUCCAAAUUCAGUCGACCCCCCACCGAGAGGAAGUGCUUCGUGUGCGGCAAACCCGGCUGCUGGUCAACAACUCACCCAAUCGAAGACAGGAAGAAGUCCUACGAAAGGUUCAAGGCCGACAAGGACGCACGCGACGGGUCAAUAGCAGCCUUUGCCCAGUUUAUCUACUGGCAUGAGGGAUCUGAACUCGAAGCCGAUUACGAAGAUAACCCCGUCAGCCAAUUCUUCCAAAAAUACGACGAUCACGACGACGAUACUAUCGACAACAGAGGAAAAUUCCACAGCACCUUCUUCAACGAUUCCGCACCUGCAGAUGCGAUUCAGGUUACGACACUCCUGGCAAACGCGGCCACCCACCACUUCCUAACGAAGGAAGACCCCUUUCAAGAGCAGGACCCCUCGGAGACUUACACCGCCGAGGGCCGGGAUAUGGACAGACUCGGCAUCAAGUUCGACAACUUGAGGAACCUCCUACAACGAGGAGACGUCGAGGUUCCCGUUACACGGAAAUGGGGACAUCCCUGGCUUCAACUAACCCAGGAGGAAGCUCUGGUGUGCAGUUAUCUCACCGACGGUGAACUGCGGCGACUACAUCGACGAUUCGGACACCCCUCUGUUGCGCGCCUUUACAAGCUCCUCAAGACUGCAGGACACCCAGUGGAGAUCCAAGCCCUGGAGCUCAUCGCCAAAGUGUGCCACCACUGCCAAAUGCACUCCGCACGCCCAGCUCGCUUCAAAUUCACCCUUCACGAUGAUUGCGAGUUCAACUACGAGGUCAUCAUGGAUAUCUUCUACGUGGAGGGCAACAAACCAGUUCUACACCUCGUCGACGCGGCCACAGCUUUCAACGCCGCGCGUUUCCUUCCAGACGUAUCAACAAAGUACGUGUGGGAAGCAUUGCGCCUUUGCUGGAUUGACGUGUACCAAGGACCCCCUGACUACGUCGUUACCGAUGCAGGGAAGCAAUUCGCUUCCACAGAGUUCCGCCAGAACGCCAAGGAGAUGGCGAUUACCGUCAAGGAAGUCCCGAUCGAAGCCCAUAACAGCAUCGGCAAGGUAGAACGGUACCAUGCACCUGUACGACGUGCGUACGAAAUCCUACGCAAAGAGGACCCCUCUGCAAGCCCAGAACUGUCUCUGCAAAUGGCUGUCAAGGCUGUGAACGACACUGCAGGUCCCAACGGACUUGUGCCAACUCUGUUGGUAUUUGGCGCCUACCCAAGGAUGACACACAACUCUGCGCCAUCGCCAACGCUACAACAACGCGCCCAGGCGAUCAAGAAAGCCACAGACGCCGUCCGCAGGCUCCAUGCUGAACGCAAGGUCCAGGAGGCCCGCACCACACGCAAUGGUCCGGACACCUUACGCACCACGACCCUUCCACUGCAGUCACGUGUGAGAGUGUGGCGCGAGAAAAGCCGCCGAUGGGAAGGACCUUUCACAUUAAUCGGUGUCCACGACGAAGACUGCAUCGUGGAAACAAGCCGCGGCGCACAGAAGUUCCGCUCUACGGUGGUCAAGCCGUACUACGAGGACCCUGCUCAACAGGACGACCCUGCGAACCAGAAAGACACCGCAGAGAAACCAGCACCUGAAGUUCCGGACUCUCAACCAAGGAGCACGACCCCUCCUGGAAACGCCAUCGAAGAAGAGCCAAUCCUCGAUUCGAUAAUUGUGGCCACUCAUGCGCCCUUCCCUGGGGACGAAGACGAACUCCCAGACGACGGACCGCACAGGAACACUCGACCACGCAGAACCCACUUCGCCCACGCAUUCCUCCAGGAGAGCGAUGUUCGAGAGGACGAAAUCUUCGAGAUCUUCUUGUCAACGAAGGAACAAGCAGACGCCGCACUCGCAGUCCAGUUGCGCGCCGAUGGCAAGGUCACUACACCCGGGGAACCUUUUGAGGAGUCUUCUAAACAAGAGAUCGAGAGCCUUAUUACCCGAGGCGUCUUCGAAUUUGUCAAAUACGACGAGGACUUACACGGCGACGCAGAGAUCUUUAAGUCAAGGAUCGUAAACGAAAUUAAGGGCAAGACAACGGACAAGCCCUAUGAGAAAUCGAGGCUUGUGGUCCAAGGCUUCGGAGACGCAGGAAAGGAAGCCAUCCUCACGCAGUCGCCAACAAUCCAACGCGCAAGCCAACGCCUGAUCCUCGCAAUCGCGCCGUCACUUCAGAGACAGGGUUGUCUCCUUUGGCUGCGCGAUAUUACGCAAGCCUACGUGCAGUCGGAAAAGGCACUCCAGCGCAAGAUUUUGGCAUUUUUGCCCCAACAGAUCAGGCACUUAUACCCCGAGGGAACCGUGAUGCGCGUGAUCAAGCCGUUGUACGGGCUGGCAGAGGCAGGAACCUAUUGGUGGGUCACAUACCACAACCACCAUUUGAAGAGGCUCCAGAUGGCAACCUCUACGUACGACCCCUGCCUGUUGAUCUCCUCCCCCGAGAACCCGGAAUUUGCCUGCGUGGGGAUGCAAACAGACGAUACUCUGGGUCUGUCAACAGAGGCGUUCUCACAACGCGAGAACGAUCAACUGAAGGAGGCGUCAUUCAGCGCCAAAGACAAGCAAUUUCUCACCACCGCGGAACCCCUGGUUUUCAACGGCGGCAUCGUUACACUCAACAAAAACGGUUCAAUCACCCUGCGGCAGAAGGGUCAAGCCCAGAAGCUGCAAUUGAUCGACGCCAACGCGCCAGACGCCAAACAACACGCAGCCCAACACCAAGAACCGACCCCUGACGAUAUCAAGACUCUUAACCGAAGGAUCCAGUGGCAGAUGGACUCACAGGACAGGGGACUCACGUUCUUACCCCUGAACCUGGAGACUGCAAGACUGUACGUCUUCGUUGACGGCUCUUUUGCCAACAACAGAGAUUUCACCUCCCAGCUCGGGUUUGCGAUCAUCCUGGCCAACGAAGACGAGAUCAACGAUCGCCACGAGUUCUCCAUUACAGGGAACCUCAUCCACUUCAGCAGCACCAAGAGCAAGAGGGUUACCCGCAGCGUCCUAGCUUCCGAGGUUUACGGAAUGGUGGCCGGCGUGGAUAUGGCUUACGCCCUGGCUUCAACAUUACGCCAGAUCACUGCCCACCUGAACCUUCCUGCCAUCCCAACCAUCGUCUGUACAGAUUCUUACUCACUGUACGAAUGUCUUGUGAAACUCGGGACUACGAAGGAAAAGCGGUUGAUGAUCGAUAUCAUGGCACUGCGCCAGUCCUACGAGCGCAGAGAACUCCAGGAAGUGAGGUGGAUCAAUGGAGAGGACAAUCUGGCGGACUCCUUCACAAAAACAACGCCGAAUCGUGCCCUGGAGCGGUUUGUUGACUGCAAUAGUGCAACUGUACGCGUGGAAGGAUGGGUCUCACGUUAG